ACAUUUAGUCGUGAGGUGGCUGUUAAGACGCCAAAAGGUUGUUUUGACCAACAAGAAGUGGAUAAGAUUGUUGAGGAGAGCCUGAAGAUGAGCCGGUUCAAGCAUGCUCAUGUGAUGGGACUCAUUGGGGUGUGCCUUAACGAUGCGGGGUCUGCCCCAUAUAUUGUAAUGCCAUACAUGGCAAAUGGUUGCUUAUUAGACUACCUGAAGAAAGAAAGGAGAAAUGUUGUUCUUUUUGAAGAAGCUGAUGAUGAUCAG